UCGCUGUGGCAACGAAGUCAAAACGUGUUGAACGGAUCAGUCACGUCACUCAGACUGUGACUUUGGGCUGUGUACGUGUUGUGAAUUUUCUCUGUCAAAAAAGUAUUUGUUUCUCCUCAGUUUGAAAACGGCGUAAUUGUAUUAUGUUAAGUUGCUAACCCGCCAGCAUUAGCGACAUUUUGUUGUCAUGUUGAGACAGUCAGAAAACGCACUGGUCGACUCGCCACAGGACUCUCCAACACCAGCGUCAGGAACGUCCCUGGACCUGUCUCAAGCACUCGCCAGUAUUUUCAAGCAUCUUUAUGCCAAGCAAAAUGACAGAAAGAUUUUGGCCAAUCUCUCUGCCAAAAAGAUGGAAGAAGGUGACUACCAUCAAAAAUUAUCCGAAGAGCUUGAAAAGGUGCAAAUGGAACACAACCAAACCAUUGAAACGAUAAACAUGUUGGAGAGGCAUAUUAGUGAUGCGAGUGAACAAGCUGCAGAAAGAGAGAAUGAGGAUUUAAAAAGAAUGAAAGAGGCGAUUGGAGAGAAUUCCAAACAUGAGGAUCUUAUUGCUGUCGAAGCAGCCUUUCCCUUGUUUGUCAACAACGAUCUUCUUCAUAAUCACAACCUAAUAUCACCCAGGGACUACUUGCCUAAGCAGAAAACCCGGGUGAAACCACCACCACCAAUCAAGCAUGAUCCUGCAAAACCGACCAUCAGUUUCCUUAUGCUGAUAAACAAAGCACCACCGGAUGGAUCUUCUCCUGUGCUUCCCAGUACUGACAAAAAUAUUCCCGAUUUGGGCAAAUCCAAAGGCUCUCCAGAGUCUUGCAUAAGUGCUCCCAAGACAAGGAAUCUGAAUAUCCGUAAACCGAGGCAGAAAUGGAAGGAGGAGGCAAGCGAAAAGGAUAUAGAGAGACUUAAAUAUGUGACUCAAGGGCACUACUUUCUGCGAAAUCCACGCUUCCUUCCGCCAAGCGCACAGCAGAGCGUCAAGCCCCUUCUCCUGACUAAAGCGAAAGAAGUGAAGAUGGACGCUUCCACAGGGAAAGAGGCAGACAGGCCUAGUCUUUCUCCACUAUUUGUCGCAAACCCUCAAGUGGUGGUCUUCACAAACUACAGUGUUGGGCGCAUGUAUGAGGUUACGCUGGAGUUAAAAAAUGUGACGGCUUCUUCUCGUCAUGUCAGAGUCAUCGCUCCCACAACCCCUCAUUUCUCCAUUAGCCUUGGGAAAUUUCCGGGCGACUGUGGUGUUGUUGCUCCAGGCAUGUGUUGUAAAUAUAUUGUUCGCUUCACACCAGACUCCCUCUCUUAUUUCGAGGAUUACAUUGUGGUUGAGUCUCAAGCGGAGCAGGAGCUUGUUGUGCCCAUCACUGCCCGACGUCCCCCUCCGGUGCUUUCCUUACCAAGAGUUUUGGACUGUGGCUGCUGUCUGAUUGGUGGCGUAAAAUUUGUUGAGUUCUACUGUGAAAAUAUCGGCCUGAGCCCUGGGACCUUCUGCAUCAUGCCAAAGAAGCAGUGGCCAGCCUCCAAUCUCAGGUCAAUGGCACACAGCUUCUUUUCUGAGCAGCCACCAUUUGCAAUCAGCCCGUCGCUUUUUGCCCUGGAGCCAAAAGAGGCUAUCACUGUAGAGGUGGUUUUCUUUCCCUCUUCUGUGGAGAGGAGUAGCCAGACUUUCACUGUGGUUUGUGACAACUGUGAAGUGAAGGACAUCUGCAUUCAAGGGGAGGGACAGUGCAUUGCACUUGAGCUCUUGUCUGACAAUGAGGAGAAAAACUCUUCUGUGAAGGAAGAAGUGCACGACCUCACAGCAGAGCACUUCAUCCGUUUUGACCCAUGUAACCCACAUGCUGCGCAACACAAGAAGCUGGUUGUCAGAAACAAUGUCCACUUGGAGCUGCCUUUCCACUGGCAGGUCAUGAAUCCAAACCUUCCUCCUCUGCCUCCUGAGGAAUUCCUGGAGCUCCACCAUCUCCAGUUCCAUCAGACCUCAGGAGAUGUUUUCAGCAUCAGCCCUGAAACUGGAAUUCUAGCUCCAUGUCAGGACCAAGAAUUUGUCUUAACUUUCUUUCCUAAAGAGUUGAAGGAUUACCACAGUGUUUGUCACCUAGUCCUGAGAGAUGUGCCUGAGCUGCCCCAAGAACUGUCUGACAACAGUGGCCUCCAAACUGUCCGCACUGGAUCCAAGGUCAAUGAUGUCAUUGCCAUGGAGAUAGAAGUCAAGGGUUCCACAGAGCCCUUCCAGAUCCUCCUAGAGCCCUAUGCUGUUAUUAUCCCCGGUGAACACUACAUUCUAACCACGUUUCGAAGACAAUUCAGGAUGUGGAAUAACAGUAAAACUCGGGUCGUCUUCAAGUGGGAGAGGAUCAGUGACUGUCACAUAAUAGAAGUAGAGCCUCCUACUGGUAAAAUAGAGGAGAACGAGUGUUUUGAUUUUCUCUUGCUUGUGACUGGGGGGAAACCAGAGAAAGUCGCUACCAGUCUUGUCUGCAACGUAGAGCAUCAUCCAGAUCCCAUCAAGAUGUACAUAGAGGUGGCUUUUAAGGGUCCUACUGUGACCACAAAUACUCCUACAGUGGACUUUGGGCUGCUGAAGCUUGGAGAGAAGUCCCAGACCACACUGCUCUUCACCAACACCACCCAUCUGGAGGCCUCCUGGAGCCUGGAGGAGAUCCAAAAUAAUCAGCCAGUCAAAGCAAAAUCACAGAUAUUGUUGGAACCAAGACGAGGCGUUCUGCCCCCCUUGGGUUCUUGCUACGUGAAUGUCGUAUUUACACCAGUUUCCUGCCAACACUUCAAGUCUGAAUUGCAGCUCAGUGUAAAGAACGGGACAGGAUGUAAUCUCUUGCUGCAAGCUGAUGUUCAAUCUCCUCACAUGUGUCUGCUGAACUGCGAGCUGGCCCUUUCUGGACUCUACGUCGGAGUACAAUCCAAAGGAGCUGUGACACUUUAUAACCAAACCCUGCUCCCAUCUAAAUUCUCAUGGAAGGCGAAGCUUCAAGGUCGACAGGCAUCGCUUUGUACUACCAGUUUUGAGCCAUCCUCUGGAAGUCUGGGUCCCAAUGCAAGACAGGAAAUAACAGUGCACUUCACCACUCACACUGAUGUGGAUCUGACUGACAUAGCUGCUCUGUGUGAUGUCGAGGGAGUAAAUACUCCUCUUGUCCUCAGAAUAAUGGCGUCUAAAACUAAAACUCUCAGUAUAUCCUAUUCCCUGCCCAGCAGCGAUGUUAAUAACCCUUGCCCCUCUACACUAAUGCUUGACUUUGGAGAAGAUGUGGUUUUAAACCGUCCAGUCACCAGACAGUUAAUGAUGACCAAUCACACGGCCAUUUCAGCUGUGUUUGCUUUAGAAGCAGAGUAUUUUAUAUGUAACACGUCAAAGCCGAACAACCACACGGAGAAGAGGUACAGCAAAAAGCCCCUUCACUCAGUUCAAGCCAAAAGAAUAGAAGAAAAAGAACAAAAGGAGUUUGUUGACAAUCUGCUGGCUAAUGGAAAAGGUGCAGCAUUUCUCAUUCAACCGAAAUCAGGAACACUGGGACCAUUUGCCACUCAAACCGUGGAGGUUACUGCCUACAGUGAAAUGUGGGGGGAGUACAGAGACAACCUCAUUUGCAAAGCAGGGACUCUGGAGCCCACCGUCAUUCCCAUGCAGAUGACUGUGAAAGGCUGCCCACUCUACUUCCAGAUGACAGGCCCACGUCCAGAUGACCAGAACCAGGGUCCAAUAUUACAGUUCGGCACACAUUUAUCGGGAGGAGACACCGUUUCUCGAUCUCUUCGAAUCAAUAAUCCCUCCAUGUUUGAUAUUCGGAUGGACUGGGAGACGUAUAACAUAGAAGACGACAACAAACAGCUGGUGGAUGUUUUGAUCUCGUAUGGUGAAACCUUUCCUCUCAAGGACGCUGACGGCAACGAGGUGAUUGUUGCUUCAAGCGAAGGUCCUCCCAGAAAUGCGGGCACAACCACUCAUGCCCAGACUGUCUGUACUGAUUCGUCGUGUUCCACUCCGAAAAGCUUGACAGAUAUGGUGGAGGAGUCGAAAGAUGGAGAUGAUUCCAAAACACCUCUGUACACCUGUCCUGCAGGGAAACAGCUCUUCUCUAUUCACAUCCGACCGCAUGUUGGAAAAGUAUCUGAUUACCCAUACUGCAUCACUCCGCAGCAAAUAGUGAUCAAGGCAAAAAGCAGCAGCACCAUUUAUGUGUCGUUCACGCCUCUAACUCUCCUGGGAUCAGAUGAGGCCAGAUGUGUGGGCCGGGCUCACGGAUACAUGAGUCUAGAUUUGCAGAGGGCGGUGUGUGUUCCAGGAAAGGUCGUAAGAACUCAGGCUCUAGAAGUUGAUCCUGUCAGGAUUGACUUCCAUGCGAUCGUCAAGCCUGCGGUGCUGGUGCAUGAGAUAGAAGGAGACAUGGGUGUGCUGGAGUUCUAUGCCACAUCCAGUGAUCUACUCAAGGGAGGUCCUGGGAGAGAACUGCAGGAUUUUACCGUUACGGAAUCAUUUCAGUUGAAAAACACCACUGAGAUGCCUUUGUACUUUAAUUUAGAGACCCAGCCUCCGUUUUCCGUCCUUAAGCAGCAGCCCAGAGCCCGAAAUAUCUCUUCUAGUCAAACAUGUUCCAGCCACAGUCAGUAUCUGGUGGUGCAGCCUAAAUAUAUUAUGCAGGUGAAGGUGACAUUCCACUGCUCCGUUUCUUUUCUUGACUAUGCAGACCGGGUGGAUGAUGAGGUUCCACCUUGGGUGUCUUUGAUCCGCAGUGAAAGUGGACAGAGGAAACUGAGGUUCCAGCAAAAUCUCCUCAUCCACUACAGCAACGACAGCCUGCAGUCUGUUCCGCUGUGUGCUUAUCUGAGUCUGAUGACGCUGCGUCUCUCCCCCGAACACAUUGACUUUGGUGCUUGUUAUGUGGGACAGCCACAGACCAAAGAGGUUAUUCUCCAUAGCGACGGAGCUUCAUCCUGGAAAUCUGUCAUAGAGUCGGACACGGGUGAUUCCGGCGUGUUUGAAGUUCUACCAGACAUCGGAUUCUUGAAAUACAAAAAAGUCCUUGUCCCUACCUACAGCCAGCGACUUCAGAUCAGCUUCACUGCCAGUGAGGACAGAGAGUUCAAGGCCACGGUGGUGAUCAGGUCUCCGCUGGUGAAAACCCCACUUAUUCUGCAGCUGCAGGGAACUGGAUCCUUGGAUGAAGAGUUAAAAUCAGAACAUUCUAGUUUAUGGCAUUAGUGACACAAAUGUCAAUUCAAAUGUGUUUGUUCCACGCUGGAUAAUGUUGGCGGAAACAGAACUAACGUUAUGCAAAAAUACUGUAUUUAGGGCUGUUGAUAAAUUCAAAUUUUCAUCUGUUACCUUGUGAUUAAUGAUAAAUUCAUCACAUAUUUUGUAUCUGUUAUAAAUGAAACAACAGCAAGGCCAUUAAUGCUUUCCUCAUGCGAACAUUUGUUGAGUACGACAUUACAGCAUAACAGAUACUGCCCGGAACAUUCUUUAGAGUAUUCUCAGACACACUGAAAUGUUUCAAAAACAUACAAAAAGCAGCGCAUUGUACGCAUUACUGGGCACUGGUGUGUUGAUUAAAUCUUCCUUAAGCUUUUUAGAAUGGAUACAAUAUGUGUAAUUUGUCAUCAAUCUCAAGUUAACUGAGCUACUCAAUUUUAAUCUAUUGACAGACCUAAUACUAAAUAGUCAAGUUAAAAAUUCCAACUUUCCAAGUCCGUGGAAAUGUCAACCAAACCUUACCUUUAACAAUUCAAUCAAUGUCCACACGGAUCCAGGAGAAUUCAACAAACACAUUAAUAAUUACUGUUAAAAUUCUCCUCCAGUUGGUGAUUAAAGUGUUUCACGGCUCUCAUCCCCUGCUCAGUUCAGCAGAACAG